AUGGCCGUCAAGGCCGUCGCUAACUCAGAUCAGACCGUCGCCUCAGAUCGCACCGAGAGCUCCACUACCCGCGGCGAACCGUCCACCCGCGAAGUCGCCACCGUUAUCGCCUUCAAUUUCUUCUCCUCGACUGGUAUCGUCUCUGCCAAUAAGCUCGUCUACGAAGCCGGCUUCCACUUUGGCGCCACCCUCACCUUUAUCCACUUUAUCUGCACCACCAUUGGUCUACUCCUCCUUGCUCGGUUCGGCGUCUUCACCCCAAAACGACUCGAUGUGCGAAAGGCUCUUAAGCUCGCCAUCGCUGGCAUGGGCUUUGUCGUCUUCUCCAACCUCAGUUUGCAGCGCAAUUCCGUCGGCUUUUACCAAGUCAUGAAGCAUAUGACCGUCGUCGGCGUCAUAAUUAUUGAGGCUAUCGUCUUCCGCAGGUUUUUGCCCUGGCGUUUUCUUGGCGCUUUGGCUACCAUGUGCUGCGGUGUCAUUAUUACGGGCAUGACUGAUUUCAAACUUAACACGCUGGGUACAAUGUUUGCGCUCGCUAACAUUCUCUGUACGUCGUUUUAUCAAAUCUGGUGCGGCUCCUUGCAAAAGUCGCUUGAAGCAAAUCCACUCCAGCUCCAGCUUUACAUUGCUCCGUUAUCUGCUCUAUCCAUUAUCCCCAUCGUCCCCAUGUUUGACGACUAUCGGUCCUCAUCCCCCGAAUCGAUUUUCAACUUUGUACCCACGGUCAACAACGUCUCGGCUAUCUUGUUUACGGGUGCGCUCGCCCUUUGCGUCAAUGUCUCUAUUUUCCUUGUUAUCGGGAAGACAUCAGCCGUUACUUAUAACGUCGUCGGCAACGGUAAGACGGCGUUUUUGUUCGUCGUUGACUUUUUGGUUUUCGGUCGACCAUUCGAGCCCACGAAUGUUUUCGGAAUGACCCUCACGCUUUGCGGUGUCAUUUGGUACACACAGCUGAAGCUCAAAGCCCGCGCGGAAGCAGAGAGGUCAGGCAGUUCAUAGGCGUUUACAUGCAAAGUAGGGGGUUCUUCCUAAACAAGGGUUGCUUGGUUUUGGGUUGUAACAGUUGUUCAUUGCAAUGAGGAGGUCGUGGCAGGGGUUCAGAGCUCUGCACAUUUUUCUGUAUAAACGAAAUAUGAUUAAUGCGCGGCCA